CUCCAUAAAAAAACAGAUGAAGCUGUUAUAUCGAUACUUGUGUCUGGAAUCAUUGGUAAGCACAUAGAAAAACUCUACGACUUAAACGUUCUCUUGAUCUACAACAAAAUAAACCCGCAGGAGCAGGAACAAGUAGCAAAAAGAUCAAAAGAGCUGAUUAAAAUGAUGAAAGUUCUGAAUAAAGCCAAAGCAAAAGAGAUAUACAAAGAGAACAAGGAUAUGUUCAGCAGAACAGACAGAAAAGAGAUAGAAGACGCGCUGGGAAUAGAAAGCAGUGCAUGGGGAAUACAGGGAAUAAUCAAUGCAGUGGACAAAGGAAUCACGCGAAUGGUGAGUACACCUGCACCAGCUGCAGUUAUAUCACAGCAGAUAGCAGAACAAACACCAGUGCAAAACCAGCCAGCACCGCAGACACAGCCCGUACAGCCGGUAAUACCCAUGGGAUCAUCCAUUCCAACGAGAAAUGUGCACAUUAAGAAAAGAACCCCAAUGAUGAACAGACCAGUGAUGCCAGCUGAUAUCAUACAGCCAAAAGUAGAGCCAAUAGCACAUCCAGAAGUAACAGCUAUUCCCAUGCCUUCUGUAUCAUCAUCGGUUAAUAAGCCAUCAUCAGCUAUCCCCAUGCCAACUAUUCCAGAAAGCAUGAAAUCAAAACCAGCUGCAACUAUUUUCAUGCCAACUAUUCCAGAAAGUAUAAAAUCGAAAUCAUCAACUGAUAUUCCCAUGCCUUCUGUAACACCAGUUAAUAAGCCAUCAAAUACUAUUCCCAUGCCAGUGAUACCUGAGAGUAUGAAAUCAAAACCAGCUGCAACUAUUCCCAUGCCAGUGAUACCUGAAAGCAUGAAAGUAAAACCAGAAGUAUCUAGUCCAGUGGAUAAUAAGCUGGAGAGUGCAGUAAUACCUGCCGUACCAGGUAAUACAACUGCUGCACCUGUUCAGCCUGCGCCUAUUGAUGCGGCUGAUGAUAAUAUAGAUUAUAAAAAGCUGUAUUCCGACAAGGAGCGGUACCAGAUGAUUGAAUCAGAGCCAGAGCGAGGGUCGUGGCUGGGAUACAUUCCUGGAGUAAACGCAUUCACUGGAAUGGUUAAGAAGCUGGCCAGAAAGAGCGAUAUUCCCGUGGUAGAGCUAUCUCAGGAUACGACAUUUAUUUUUGACAAAAAAAUGAAGAAGUGGAUAACAGUUGACUCAAAAACUCUGAAGCCCAUAAAGAUGGAAGUGACCCAAAGAAGGCCAGAAGACAAGGAGCCAAUACUGGGAGCAGCAGCACCUAAGCCCAUUGCCAUGCCCGUUAUUACAGGGAAAAUGCCCAAAAGAGGAGCAGAUGGCAAAGUUGACUUUGGGCCAGUUGGAACAAGCUUAGAGGCCAGAUACGGCAAGCCAAUGAUCCAGUCAAGCAUUGACACCACAAUGACAGAUGCAGCUCCUGGCUUUCCAAUGCCCCAGGGCCUGUACACCCGAAAGAAUGCAAAAGUUUUCAUCCCGCAGGCACCGCAGCCAGAAGAUGAAUGCACAAAAUGA